AUAAAUGCUUUUUUCUAUAUCUGCUUUUCUAGAAAGCUGAAGCUUAUGCUGUAAAUAAAAAAGUGAGCUUCAAUGAAUUAACAGCUGUUGAAGACAGAAUUAUGAAGUUGUGUUUGGCAACAUCUACAGAUUUAGUAGCAUUGGAAAGCAAAUUAGAAAAUUCAAACAAAAUUCUCAGUGAAAAGAUAGACAAAAAAAUAAGUUAUGAGGAAUUUAAUAUUCAACUUGAGACUGUGGUUAGAAAGUUGCAAGAACUGGAGAAAAUGUUUAAAGCUUACAGUACUGAAAAAAUUACACAAGACUUUGAUGAUAUAAGGAGUGCAUGCAAACGUAUCACCUCUCCAGACAAAGUUAUUUCAGAACUUUCUGAUUGCUAUUUUCAAGAAUUGGUUCCAAAUGAGAUUCAGAAACAAGUACAAAAGAAAAUGGAAAAAGCUACAUUUCGAGAAUCAACUCAUUACAUUUCUGGAGCUCACACAAAACUGCAAAGAAAAAGGAAUUGAUCAUGUACUUCUAUUUAUAUUUGUUCAUUAUUACAAAGAUUCAAAUUUAUUAAUCAGAAACUGACAAAAUUUUCAUACAAAUUAUUUAUUUCCUGAUAUGAAUUUUUUCAAGGCAUAGUAUAAUUCUUUUUGGCUAAUUUAUACAGAUUUUAAAUGUUGAUUAUAUCCUGAAUUUCAUUAAAUAUUUUAAAUUUGUUUUACAGCAUGUAAUUUUAUUAUUUUCAUGUUAAUAUAUUAUUACUGAUUAUAAUCAGCUUUGCAAGUUCUAUCAAAUCUUGCUUAGUAAAAUAAAUAACUUUAUA